CAAUGCUGAUUUAUUGGCUCUCAAAGUUGUUGCUCUUGAUCUCACAGUUUCAGCAUGUCGGACCUUACUUACAGCCGGUAUUUGCUGUGUUAGUGUUUAUUGGCUGGGGGCCUUGGGCUAAGGUUCUUGUUUCAUUGUACUUUAUGGUAAUGAUUUGUAAUACGGGCGAGCUCCAGCAGCAGAGUGGGAUGGACUUGGCCAUGGAUUUAUACCUGGCUGUUCCACUGCUCUUCACCGUCCUGGCCCUUGUCCUUACCUCUGUCUUCGUGAGGCUGCGGGGAGCCAAGGGGGAAUGGCCCGCGGAGCUGCCGGCAGCCGGAGCAGCCCGGGAGAGCGGCCCCAGGGACCCAGCGGCGGCAGGAGCGGGACCGGAGGCCAGGAGGGUGCGGCUGCCGGUGGAGGAGGUCGGGGCAGUCGAGGAGGGGAAGGAGGCGGCUGCCGAGCAGUGGGAGGAGGCGACAGAGGAGCCGAGCCCCGCGGCCGAGUCCAGCCCCGCGGCGGCCAAGAGCAUCCCCCGGGAGCCGCCCGCCGAGCCCCACGAGCCCAAGCCCCAGAAGGAUGCGGAGAGCAAGAUACUACCUGUGGGAGCCUCAGCUGGUCCCAGCCCUGGGCACCCGGGACAAAUGGAGGAUGCAGGAGACCAGACAGCAUUUUCCAGCAAGGCAGAGGAGGAAGAUCUGGACUCAGAAAAAGAGAAGCUGGUGGUGAGAGCUGGCAAGCACAGCAGCUACACCAGCCCCAGUGACAAGUACAGCAGCAUCAUUUGAGAGUUCUGAAGGUUUUGAAUGUCCUUUUGGUCCCUUGGGACCUGCCUGCUGAUUGUGAUAGGG